GUGGCUCGCAGUCUGCAUAGUAAAACUCAACAAACUCUUUCGCACGGUACAAACAUCCCCGAAGGUAGCUCACGCGCUAAGUUCCCAUCGAAAUCGUGGCCAAACAGGUGAAAAUCACAAUGAACCCGAAAGCACUGCUCGUCGUCGCUCUGGUUGCCGUGUCGGCUUCCCUCUGCCAGGCCAGUUCCUGCAGCAAUCCAGAGGUCAAAUCCAGCUUCUUUUCCACCUCGGAUGCCACCAUCGUUAGCCAGAUUGCCUUCGUUACCGAGUUCACCCUGAAGUGUUCGAAUGCCGGAGCCGAGAAGUUGCCACUGUUUGCCGAGGUCGGCGGAAAGCUGGCCCCGGUUGUCCGCGUUGGCGAUUCCAAGUACCAGGUCAGCUGGAGUGAGGAAAUCAAGAAGGCCAGCAGCGGCAAGUACACGAUUCGAUUGUUCGACGAAGAAUCAUUCGCGGCCGUACGCAAGGCUCAGCGUGCCGGUGAGGACAUCCAGGCUGUAAAGGCUCUGACCAAUGUGAUUGUCAGCUUCCCCGGUGCCUACAAGGGACCAUGGAUCAAUUCCGAAAUCCUCGCCACCGGAGUGGUCGCUUUCGUGGCGUACGUUGCUUUCUCCACCCGCAGCAAGUUGCUGGCGUAAGGAGUGGUUCGAAGGAGAUUGAAUUCAACAACACCAUCAUCAUCGAUCGUUUUAUCGUUUUUUUUUUCGUUCGAGUUUUCCUAGUGAGCAUUUUUUGAUUCUCUUCGUUUUUGUACAAGUAGGGAACUAAUUUAUAAAGAUUAUUGUUUUGUACGAACAAUUCGGAGAAGCUCGUUCAGUAUGCCAACUGGAGACGGAAAAGGUGGGCACAUGUUCUAGAUGUGACCCAAGAGGAAGCUUCUUACAAGUUAAUAGACUGGAUUGAUUAAGAGCGUGCGAAUAAAUACUUCUGAAAAAAAAUC